AUGGAGGGGAUAGGUGGGGGAAAUGUGCAGAAAGUGACUCCUUUAGCUCGAGAAUUAACCCGGAUCUUCAACAGCUACAAUAAACACUCCAUACAACUAAAAAAUAAUCUGAAGGAGACCAACGCAUUUUUCCGGGAAAUAAAACAGAACUACAGUAAUGCCUGCGCAUCGGCCGCCAGCUCGGAGGCAGGUAAGAUGUGCACCUCUUCAGAUUUGUUAUCUAUAUAAUUAUCAUUUUUCUUGGCAUCAUCACAACAGAAUGUUCAGUAAAACUCACACAUUUCUCAGAAUACAUCAUGCUUUGCCAAACGUGGGUAGGGUUACGCUUUAUUGAAUGGUUAGGUUGUCACAUGUCACACACCAAUUCUUGAGGUUACAUUUAUCCCUGGUGGCUUAAUGCAGGUAACGUUACGAUACUUGCAUCAUAUGCCUGUCAUUGAAUGACCCUGUGAUUAUUUUACAUUCUACAGUAAGUAUCAGUUUAUUGUCUUAAAUUUGGAUCGCGAUCAGUGAUAGUAUGGGAAAGGAAGCAAAUGAUACAAACGAUAAAGAACAUGAGAAAAACAAUUAUUUUAUUCACAUGUAGGCCAAUCCUGACUAGCAGGUGCGAAACUUACAUUACGGGGGAAAAGUACGAAAAAAUGUAUGCAUUUACUACUUACUGUAUGUUGGUCUGGAUAUGAGUGUCUGCUAAAUUAGCAAAAAUGUCAAAAAAAAUAAAUACAGAUUUAGCCUUCAUUGAGAUCGACCACUCAACAAGCUUUUGAAGUGUAAUAUGAUUGUUGCUUCCAGCAUAAAGCCCCAUUAACAAGCCCCGUAAACGUAUCCGACCACAAACAUAGGAAGGUCUGUCAUUCUAUACUAGCCUUAGUUUGAGUGGAAACUCUUCUGAUUGUGGUCAUUCAAGGAGGAUUGGAUUAGGCACAGCAGACUCUAUGCAAAUCCCAUAAUGUUCCAAUUAGGAAUAUGUACAAGUUCUGCUGUGGUAGGGCUUUUCCUAAAGGGCCCACAGGGUUCUGACCUGUACUCAAUCUAUAUACAGUGGGGGGGUGGCAAAACGGGCGGACAGCUAUUAACUAAACUGUCUUCUGAAUGGGAGUGAUGAGGUAAGCUUAAAUUUCUUAUGGGGAAAAAACAAGACUGUUCUCUCCCGGAAAGAGAUUUCCUUGCCAACACGUCAACUGUAGAAAAUGUAUUAAAUAGGAUUUAGAGGAAAAAUGAAGAGAUUAGGGCCAGUUAUUCUUUCUCAACAAUAUGACCUGACAAAGUGCAACAAAUAUGCAGAGAUUCCAGCUUAAGAAGGAACUGAGGCUAAAAGGAAACAUGUACUGGUGAUGGAAAAACAUAGAAGUAGGCCACAUCCACUUGUUGUAAGCCAUCCUAAUUCCCACUCUGCACUAGUCACUGCACUAGUUGAUUUGGGGAUUGGCUGACCUCAAAGUAAGUGGGCUGAUGAGCAGGGUGUGGGUGUGAUUCUCACGUUCCUGUUUAGGAGAUGUGAGUUAUUUUGAGCCACGGUCUAUUGGUGGUGAGGAGGAGGAGUUUACCAUUCAUUUUCUGGAUUCAGGUUCAUUCAAACAUUGUUUUAAGCUUUGUUUUACUAUUGACAGUGACGGCUGAUUUUGGGAUUGUAUAUUGAGUCGCUGUCCUUAAAAAUGUGUCAACUGAUGUAUUAGUUUCAGUCUCUGAAUUGUUUAAUUGAACUUUUCGCCACCAGCUCCUGAUAUCAGGGCAUAUAUCAAUCAACCGAGUGAAUUAGCUUAGUGUGCAUGUGCGCCCAGCGAUAUCCUGACCCGAGCUUGUUUUCCCUGGCUAAACUAGCUGGCUAGCUGAACUAUGCUAGUUUUCUUCCUCAUUGCCAAACACCAUAAACACUGCACCCUCAACUUCAAAACUCAUUUGCUAGUUGUACAAUCAUGGAACAAAGAAAUUUACUGAAAAGAAACUUGAAAAUGAUUUAUUGUUUUGUUGAAUAGUCAUGACUGCUUCGAGCUAUCUGUAAGACAACGGUGGCGAAGGAUAUCAUUGCUACUUAACGCAGAUCCAAGUUCAGUUUUGAGAUCCAGCGGCGUCAUUGGCAUAGGGUUAGCUGGACGUUUCUGACUGGUCUUGGAACUGUGACAACAGGCAGCUUGGCUCGAUGGGAUAUGUAGUGAUUUUGCCAACACAGCCAGAUAUGUACACAGUCUUUUACUCUUAACCUUUUUUAAACUCACUCGUAUUUGUUGAUUAAAUCAGACUUUAUUAGUAUAAUGUGUAAUCCAGGAAUGUCACAAGUUAAUUGACUCGAGAAAAUAGCAUCGCUACAAUGAAUGGCUAAAUUACUUCCGGAUACAAAGGGUCUACUGAGCUCCUCCUCACCACUCUAUAGGGCUGUCAUUUAAGCCCAACCUUCCUGUCCCACAGGGAUUUCACAGUCUAUGCAAACGGAGCAUUCCAAAAAUUCAGCUAAACAAAAGUACGUAGAACUAUGUAGAGAGCUACUCUGUAGAGCAGGGAUGGGCAACUUUGAUGGGGGUGGGGGCCACAAAAUUCUGAACUCAUCAUAAGUAUUUGACUUGCCUAGUUAAAGGUUAAAUAAAUAAAAAGUGAGCCCCCCCACCUUGCGAGCAAAACAUUGUAGCAACCCCCUCUUGACAGCGGAGAGAGAGAGAGAAAUACGUUUUGGAGUUAAUUUCCUGCAAUGCUAUACAUUUUGUCAUGGGGCAUAGAGUAAAUCUUGCAAUUUUAAAGCAAUUUUGCUGCAAUUCUACAGAUUUUGUCAUGGGGCAGAGAGAAAUGUUUGCUGUCUGAAUAUGAUAUCUCAGUGAGAGUGACUAACAAAAUCGAUGGGGGCCCCCCGGUUGGUAAUUUGACCAUGAUUACUACAAGUUUAGAUAGCUGGCUAGACUAACUUACCAAUCUAAAAAAUGUUAGCUGACAUGGGCUAAUUGAGUGACUGCCCAAAAGAAGGGGGGCCACGGACCGCCAGUUGCCCAUUUUUAAGGCAGCGAUUCUCAACUGGUGGAAUUAUUGACAUGAAAAAGGUGGGACUGUUGUUCCCUUGUCAUACAAUUGGUACAUUUACUAUCAAUAUAGCAUUAAAAAUAGUUUUUCAGAUUGCGUUUUGGAAACAAAUAAAAUCACGACGUGAAUAUUGGAUCGCGACUGAGACAACCUGGUUCAAUUUGGGUACUGAGGCCAAACCAGUUGAAAACCACUGCUUUCAGGUGUGUUUGUGGGCUUAGUGUCUCCACUAGUACACACAUUUACAUCCACAUUUACCAAUAAUGUUUUUCAACAUCCUCAUUCUUUCAAUCUAGUGCAUCUAGAAUGUCAAAUUUCAUGGGAAAAGCAAAUCUAACCUUAUCCUUCCCAUCAAGUAGGCCUAUACAUACAUACUGUAUCUUUGUCAAACCUUCAUAAUAAAGGCUAACAACAAACCACACAGUGGUUGUCAUGCUAGAUGACAUGCUUCAAGCUCUAGUAAUAAUUGGUUUUUGUUUGACAUACAUUUUAAAGUGAAAAAUCGGAGUCUGUCACUGUUAUCGUGGAAUUGCCCUGUAGACAUCAGUAUAUUAGGUAUUUUUAAAAAAUGCAUUUCCUGUGGUUCAGUCAUUCAUUGGAUUGUUACUGCAUGCAAAAUGUGUUAGGCCAAACACCAGGCAGGGUAAUACCAGAUGAAGAGUUGCAGAGCAACAGAUUGGCAGGGUGGAGAAAGAGAGAGAAAUAAGGGGUGGGGAGGGAGAAAGAAGGGCUAUUCCAUUUCUGGCCUCUGUUCUUUGUCUGUUGUUUAACUGCUUUAGACCAUGACUCAGCAUCAUGGAGGAUUAUGACCACUUCCUGUGAUGACCCAGGAUGAAUUGGUUGUGCUGUUAAUAUGGGUUGCCACAGAGAUGGGUCAGGAGAUAACAGAUGAGACUGAGGGGCUUUGAAGUAAACACCAAUAGAUUCUCCCUCAGGCCUUUCAUAUGCCAGAAGUGCAGAGACAGAGCGAUGCCAGACACCAGUUCACAACAGGUCCAGUUAAAGCUGAAAAUGUUAUUUCUGUAAUGCAAGCCAAUCCACUAGAAUUUGCUCAAAUAUAAAGUGGGGUGUUAUAUAACAUUACAUUGUAUUAUUUAUUUAUGCAGAUUGUUUCUAGGCCUAAUACCUGAAGAAAAAAGGCUCCUUCCUUAACCCUCAGAAGGGAGAGGCACAAUGACUCAAGCCCCCCUGACCACCAGUACUACUCCCUUCUAUACAUGUUGUUGUCCCUUCUCCUCCCAGGCCAGCUGAGCUGCAUCUCCUUCCCCCGGCAUGAGGAGGAGUUCCUGCACAGCAGCGUGGGCAGCACCCCUUACGUCCUGGUACUUGGCCAGGACUGCGCCGCGCGCUACCAGCUGCUCAACUGCCUGCUGGGGGAGCGGCUCCUGCCCCUGGGGCCCGUGGCGGGCGAGGCCUGCGAUGGCGUUCAGGGCACCGCCUGCAAGAGGAGGAAGCUGUGCUUCACCCACGGGCGCCAGACGCGGCUCAGCCUGGCGCUGCCAGGCCAGUAUGAGCUUGUACACCAGCUUGCGGCCCACUGCGGGCGCUGGGAUACGGUGCCCCGGGAGGAUCUGGAGAUCCAGGAGGAA